UACGCAUUCAAGAUAUCCAAAGUGACCUAUAAAAAAUCGUAACGGCGCUCGGCCGCGCCAGUCCCCGACAUCUAUGGGCAGUGUAAUCUGGUAGCUACGCUUGGUAACGGGGAGCAUAUCGGCUCGGCCUUGUUCCUCGGUCAGCCGAUAUCCCCGUGAUUACUAGUAGUAGAGGCACGGAAAUAAACUGUACCAAAACUCUUCCAGCGCAUGAACCCUCUCCCACUAAAGUGGGUGUCGGGGAUGUUCUCAUUGCUCAUCAUAUUUUAUGCGUUCUCACUGCACACCCUCCGAUAUCUUGGAAUUCUCUUGCCAUAUUGGUACGCUUGCGGUGUGCGUGUGCUGCCACGUUUCUUGCACCAUGGGGAUUCAACUUGCUCACCGCUAUUGCAUAUAUUCAUUAAGGUGCGAUCAGCCCGGUACUCGCCCUUUUUUUUUUUUUUUUUUAAAAAAAAAAUCAAAUCAAAUUUAUUGUCCUUUGGGG